UCAUUAGACACAAAUGGGGAGGAGAGAGCAGCUAGUGGUUGCUAUCACCAGGAAAGUCAGGGCAAAGCUCAGUGCCACUGAGAGAUGGUGAGCGGACUGCAUUGGGGAAUUUCUGCCCAGGGAAUGCACAAGAUUUUCAGCUCAUUAUGUGAGAUAAACAAAUGGCUUACUUUGGAGAUGCUGACAGUCAUGUGUAUCAGCAGGAAAACAAAAAUUAAUAAUAAUUGCAAAGCGGCUAUUGAGGAGCAUUAAUGGGAACCACAAAAUCCACACGAAGACGCCACCGAUUUGCUUGAGUGCAACGCCUGUUUGGCAGCAAAUUGAUGUGGUGGACCAGUACUGCGCCACUGACAGCGAGCAGGAUGGGUAAUGCCAUGCGAGGCAUCAUUGCCUUUUUUCCCUCCGAGCGCUGUCAACGCAUCCUGGUGGGGGACCUGAAGGAGAUGCCUCUCGAUCGGACCCUCGACCUGAGCGGCAGGCAGCUGCGUCGGCUGCCCGUCACCCUGUGCGCCUUCAGCGAGCUGGUGAAGCUCUACCUGAGUGACAACAACCUCAGCAGCUUACCCGCUGAGCUGCAGGCGCUGAAGAAGCUGCAGCUGCUGGCCCUCGACUUUAACUGCUUCGAAGAGCUCCCCGAAGCGGUCUGCAGACUGCCCCAGCUGAGCAUCCUUUACCUGGGUAACAACAGACUUCACCGUCUGCCCAGAGAACUCAAAGAGCUGAAGGAACUUAGCACUCUGUGGCUGGAAACCAACCGCUUUGCUGUCUUCCCUAAAGUGGUCUGUGAGCUUCCGAAUCUCAAGACCCUACACCUGGGCUACAACCAGAUACGGACUUUACCAAAAGAACUUAGGCGACUGGAAGAGCUAAGAAGCAUCUGGCUUGCUGGGAACCAGCUGGCCGAGUUCCCACCAGUGCUGCUGGAAAUGCACUGCCUAGCUGUCGUUGAUGUGGAUCGAAACAAAAUACAACAGUUCCCAGGACUGUCCUACAUGCAGGGCUUGAAGCUCGUCAUUUACGACCAUAAUCCCUGUAUAAAUGCCCCAGCUGUGGCCGAGGGUGUCAGGAGGGUCGGGCGGUGGGCGGACUGUCCUGAUAGUGAGCAGGAAGAUGAGGGGUCAAAGGCGGCGAGCGAGACCACAGCCGAGGUGACGGAGGCACAUCCUGAGUCGGAGCACAACCCUUAGGGUCAAGGAAGCAGACGACCUUCAGCUGAGGCGAGGACUGCGAGUCCCGGAGGCUGCUCAAGUGGAACACUUACAGAGCAGAGGGGUGUGUUUUACAUCAGGCCAAUGGUAUUAGGGCCAUAUUUGGUAAAGCCAAAUAUAAUGGUACCACUAUUAUAUAAUGAGGUAUUUCAAGAUGAAACAUGUUUGAAUGUCUUAUAUCAAUAUGCAAAACUGAAACAAAUAGCAGCAACAAAACAAUAUUGUUUAUUACUAUUAUUUUCAUCAGUCUAAGAUUUCUUCAAAUCAAACUAAAUCUAACUGCUGUGUUGAAUUUCAUAAGAAACAGAAAAUCUGUAUACAGUACUGUGUUCGCAUAUUAAAUGCAGAAUGGCUUUCAUGCAUUCUGUUGAAGUGACUCUGUAGUUGGAUGUGGUAUACAACAAGCUGUUGAGGUUAUGCUUUGGGUCAUGGACGAAUGGAUCUGAUAUCACCCGCUAUGGUACAUCACAAGAUGUCACUGUAGAAAUACAGUGGUCUGUGAACUUUUAUUUUCUACAGGAAAGUCCAAUCUUCUAAUUCUAGCAGUGUGAGCUACUGUCUGCACCUGCGGGGGCUAAAUACAGUGAGACUUUAAUACAAGUGAUGGAUGGUUUUACUCAAUUAGUGCAUUCCUAGUCCAGACUGAUGCAUAAUUCAUCUGAUAGAUUGGGGCUGUGGCUUUGAAUAAAGGCUGCUAAUGGGCCAU